UUCAAGCCUGCUCCUCCUCCGGCCAACCCGCUGCCGCCGCGACACCACCACCCGCCGCCGCCGCCUGCGGAGGGAGCGAGCGAGCCACCGCCGUCGACGGCCGCAGCGUCCGUUGCCCUCCGCGUCCGCUCGCCUUCCCUUCCCUUCCGAAUCGCCGAUGGCGUUCUGGGGUGUGGAGGUGAAGGCUGGGAAGCCCUACACCCACCGCCACGAUCCCUCACAUGGCCGCCUCCGCAUUUGCCAGGCUACACUUGGAAGUUGCGAUUCGGCUACCAGGACGAUAGUACAAUGUAAUGUUGGUAGCAAGACGCCCAUCAUACUCUGUAGUCUGAAUCCUAAAUUGGCUGAGAUGUGCCAUCUAGAGGUUGAGUUGGAGGAGGACGAUGAGGUUGUGUUUUCAGUACUUGGUCAGAGCUCCAUUCAUCUCUCAGGAUAUUACAUUCGUUCAAGCGGCAGAUCUAAUGCAGGAGAUGACGAAUCAGAAUCUUAUGGGGAGGAUGUUGGAGAGUCUGAUACUGAUCAGGAGUUUAACGCGAGUGACGACAGCUAUGAAUCUGACUUUAUUGAUGAUGGUGAUGUUGAAGUAUCUGAGGAUAAGUCCAGAUCUGACUCUGUUGAUGAUGGUGAUGCAUGCUCCACCCCUGAUCAUCACAAAAAAAAGGAUAAAGUUCAAAAGAGGCGUCGCUUGAAGAAGAAACACCCAGCUGAUAGCAGUGAUGAUAACAAUGAUGAUUCUUCCCACAGGCCUGUUGUCAGGUGUAAGGCUUAUUCAAUGUUUGAUAGUUGCAGUGAAGAUGAAGAUAACAUGUCUGUUCCUGUUUCUUUGGCUAAGAAAGAAAACACUAAAGAUGUUGACGAAACAAAAUACCCAAAUAGUGAGUUAAAUGAUGACACCACGAAAAAGAGUAAUGGUGCCAAGAAAAGAAAAGGUGAUGCCAUCAGUCAGGAUCAUGCACCUUUGAUGGAUCUAACAAAUGCAGAUGAACCAUUGGUUUCAAAAGAAGGCAGAACAAAAAAGAAAUCGAAGAAAAAGGGAGGAAAACAGUUAGAGGUAGGAGAUGGAAAACAUUCCAACAAGAUAAGAACAUUAGAAGAUGGAUUGAUAGUAGAAGAUCUGUCAACAGGAAACCUAGAUGCAGAAAUGGCUUCUAAUGGCAGCAAGGUUUCUAUCAAAUAUGUUGGCACACUACAGGAUGGGAAGAUUGUUGAGUCUAAUGUUGGUGAAAAGCCCUACAAAUUCAAGCUUGGUGCUGGGAAAGUAAUUCGAGGAUGGGAUGUCGGUAUUUGUGGCAUGCGUGUUGGGGACAAAAGAAAGCUCACCGUCCCACCAGCUAUGUGUUAUGGCAGUAAAGCAAUAGGAGAAGUACCCAAAAAUUCAUCAAUCAUCUACGAAAUCGAGUUAGUGAAGGUCAGAUCCAAAAGCACAUCAUGAGCUUCUGCAUGCUCAUGUCCUAUGCCGAAGGCUGCGACACGGGCUCAUGCAUCUCUAUGUAGCUACAUGCCAUGCUGGAAUUUUGUUUCUCCCAGGUGAUGGCAUGCCCUGUCUUCUGCUUUUGUUCUAGAAGGAAUUAUUUUGUACUACCCUACAGAUUGUAAUCUGUGGUCAGACUACAACUCCAGCUGUCAUCUGAGAUCGCCUUCAGCAGAAGAUUUUGUUUGACUAGGCGAUGAAACAUUUUGUACGACUAAGUCCUUCAGUCUCUACAGAUCUGGGGACUUCUAUGACACUUUGCUAGCUGCAUAUGAUCUUUGAAAUGAUCAGGUUUAAUAUUCUAGCGUGGUAAUUUGUCGAAAAAAUAUAGUAUGCUAAAUUUUCUUAGUUUGUGUUUAA